UCGGCCAUUAAAACCCAUUCCAUGAAGCACUCUACGCACUGUUGUGCCAAUCUGAAGGUCACACAAAGUUUGGAGGUCUUUAGCUAUUGCCUCUGCAGACAGUUGGUGACUUCUGCGCACUGUGCGCUUCAGAAUGCGUUGACCCCGCUCUGUCAUUUUUACGUGGCCGAGUUGCUGUUGCUUCCACUUUGUUAUAAUACCACUAACAGAUGACCGUGGAAUAUUUAGUAGCAAGGAAAUUUAAUGGAUGGACUUAUUGCACAGGUUGGUCUUCAUUAAAAUGGCGCCGAUCGGCUUUUCCACCAUACCAUAAUUGAAUUCUCUGCUCCUGAGAGCGACCCAUUCUUUCACAAAUAUUUGUAGAAGCAGUCUGCAUGCCUAGGUGCUU